UGCAUUCAUCAAACUGCCAGAAACACCUCCUGGAUCAAGCACUCUCAUCUUAAGUGUUCAAUAAAGCUGAUUCCUUUGAACUGUGCCUUAUGCUGGUAGCCCUAACAAGCCAAGGAUAUUGAAAUUCCUGUUGAAGACUUACAGGCAUUAGAAAAUCAUGCCGUUUCGGUGAUUUGGUAUUACUAGGGAACAAGCACCGAGAUUGUUGCAAUUUUGGGGAGAGGAAUAUCAGAAAGAGUUGAGGUUCAUGCUCGACAAUUCAUCAAACUCCUUCUCAAGUGGAAGUGUAGCUUUUAACAUCGUCUGAGACUGCCUUACCAAUAUCGAUAUAAAACUCAUCUCUGCACCAUCCUAAGACCAUCCGGAGGGUGAAAAGUACAAAGAGCUUGCGUUUCCAACCCAAGGCAGAGAUUGCAACCUACAUCUCAAUCUCGUAAACUGACAGCAUUCCAGGCCUCUCUGUGAUUGUAUACAACGAUGAGAGAGGUGUAGCGCAUGACACCUCUGAUCAGCAGUGAGAGGUGGUGCGUGUAACCUGACUCCAUGCACCGCAGAAACAAGAUAAAAUCCUCAUCAGUAGCAGGUGUCUCGUGUCUUCGUCUCAUCUCUACCCAGAUUAAUUGUGACUCCAUCUUUUGUGCUUGACAGGAGGUGACGUUGGGGGAAGCAUAUUGCAUAGCUGCCGCGAUUUGAAAAAUUGUAGAAACUCGUAAGUGUGGGUUAAUUAAUUGCUCGUAAAGAUACGAAGCAGAUGAAGGUUUUGAAACAGAAUUGUGAUGUGACAGGAGUGUGGUUUCAGUCAGUGAUCAUCUGAGUCUUCGGCUUUCAUCACAUGUCUAUAGGAGGCUUGAGGUGGUAAUUCAUGGAAUUCCUUGAAUGUCUUUGGAUGUGAAAGAAUCGAUGAGGGAUUGAGACAGAGACCAAACAGCAUCACAUCAUUCCACACCUCAACGUGAAAGUGAGAGAACAGAGGCGAAAGAAUAAAACGAAGUCUCUGCAAACAAAGCCUGUUUUCUCCCCCAUCCUGGCUGGUCAGUGAAUCUCUGCGAGGCAAUCGGCAAAGCAUCCACUCCUAUCUAAUUCUGAUGCAAGGGACGGGACACUUGGUCAACACUGACCGCUGAGUCGUGCUCACUGGACCGACCGUGUUGGAAUUCAAGAUGGAAUUACCUCAGUGGCUCGGAGAUCUCUAGUUGGCUGUUUGGUUAGAGAUCAGAGUUUGCUGAUAAACACGAUUGACCGAUGGCAAGCAUGAAGGUGACAGAAGUUAUAGAGAUGGUGGUGGUUGGGACGGGAAGAAAGCGAUGGAAAAGAUGGAAGAGAUCUUGGUUUGUCCUGCGAGUCUUCUCUAUCUGUUUGAUGUUGCUUAUCGGUGAUGUCAUAGCAAACCUAGUCAAUACACCUGAGCCCAUAGAUGAUUUCUCAGUCAAGCUAGUCAAUGGCUAUGUGACCAAUGCGGGUCUACUGCUCAUCUUCUACCAAGGCUCAUGGGGUACUGUCUGCAAUAACUCCUGGACGAUCACAGAAGCUGACAUCGUCUGCAGGCAAAUGGGCUACCCAGGUGCCGCUGUGGCUUCGCAUUCAGAACUCACCAUUCCACUCGGCAAAGAUGGCUACCCAACCCUUUUUGAGAAUUUUCAUUGUAGGACCAAUAGCACCCACCUCUCCAAUUGCCAAUUUGAGGAUUUCUCGAUGGAACGUGGCUGCCAAAGUGUGCAGUUAUUGUGUCAACUCCCGCAGCCAACAGACCCUCCACUGUACUCCUUACGACUGCGUGACGGUGAGAAACCAAGCGAGGGCAGGCUAGAGGUCUUUGUCCAUGGCAUCUGGGGCACCGUCUGCAAGGAUCGGUUCUCCAAGACGGCUGCCUACGUAGCCUGCCGACAACUCGGCUACCCUUUCGCCUUGACCUACCUGCCAUCCUCUUCGUUUGGGUCCGGAUUCGGUCCAAUAAUCCUUGACGAUGUCCGUUGCAACGGGGAUGAGAGGAGACUAUGGGAUUGCCACCAUCGGAGUGCCUGGACACAUAACUGCAAUAAGAGAACAGAGGUCAUUGGGGUACGUUGUAGCAUGGAGACUUCUAUGCGAGCUGGUCAUGGUGUAAGAUUAGUACCUACCAAAGUGGGCCUGGUGGAAAUCUUCUAUGAAGGCAUCUGGUGGAACAUCUGUGCAGAUCCUCAGUGGGACAAACGAGAUGCCCUUGUGGCUUGUAGGCAACGUGGCUACCUGUCUGGGUUGCCACGUCGACAACCAUUCUGCCCGUGGAACAAGAUCAACUGUCAUUCAAAAUUUGGUGAAUUCAAGUGCAUAGGGACGGAAAGUUCCCUGGAGCAGUGUGAUUUCUCAACGGAAGAUUUUGAUAGUCCGUGGACUUGCCAGUAUGGCUUUGCGGCUGCAGAGUGCUCGAAUAUUGAACCCGAUGAAGAUUGGUGGCUGGCAGAUCAGAGCAAUUUAACAGAUAUUCAUUUAGCAAAUUCCACGCUCAUACCGGUCAUUAAAAAGAAAAAAUUUGCAGAGGCUGAUGUAAGGUUAGCAGGGUCAGAUGAUGACCAUCAAGGUCGCGUUGAGAUCUACCAUUACCAUGACUGGUAUACAAUCUGCGAUGACCAGUGGGAUAUCAAAGAUGCAAGGGUGGUGUGUCGUCAGCUGGGAUUUCCCGAUGCCCUGCGCGCCCUGACCCAAGCCACGACCUUUGGCCCUGGCCUUGUCAACAUCCUCCUGGACAACGUGGACUGCAAGGGAGAUGAGCCGAACCUCCUGGAGUGUGAUCACAAUGAACUUCAUAUCCAUGACUGCAUUCACAAUGAGGAUGCAGCGGUCAUCUGCAAGGCGGAAGGCACCAGCCUCAUCACUGCUGCAUCUGAUUCCUCAAGCCAGCUGCCACCGGGUGCAAUCAUCGCAAUAUCCAUGAUCUCUGCAUUUUCUUUUAUCAUCAUUGGUGGUGCCCUACUUCACUAUGCCUGUAAAUCCUGCGACCGUCGUAUCGAGGAAACCUCUUCCCCUCGGACGCGUUCCACCCCCAUGGUCGUCAUGAUGGUACACUCUGCGUCACGCUCUGGCAGGUCUAGCAAUGGAUUCCCGCACAACUCCCGGCGUUACGACGCCCUCCCCUUCACCAUCUGCUCCAGGACCUCCAUAGGGAGCAGCACCACCAGUCCCGUAUCCAGCCCGGUCUCACAGAAUGGAACUAUUUGCGAAGAGCUUGAGGCUCUGAGCGGGGGACCGCCUUCUUAUGAAAUUGUCUUGCGUCACCCAGAUGCCUUUGCCCAGAUGCUCCAAAGCGCGGAAAAUAUAGUGCCCCCGCCGCCGUCGUAUAAUAGAUGCAUCUCGCAACAAUGACGUAAGGUACUCAUCUGGUCAAUCAUUAUCAUCGUUCUCGCAUUAGUCACCUUGCCUUGGAUUCCACUUCUCGGCGGAUAAUGACACUCUAAUUUUUUCCAUUCCUUUCUUGUGUACCUGUCUUAUUGAUUGACUUGUUUUGAUUUAGUUAUAUAAUUAUGCUGCAAGGAGUUGUAUAUUAUUGAGAGUUUAGUGUGUGGUAAACAAAUUUCCUGUAAGGCUUAUCUGUCACUUUUUGACCUCUUUGACACCAACAGCACUCAUGCUUUCUUUGCUGUAAAAUGACCACCACUAUUCACAACAAAAAUAAAGAUGAGGGAUUUAGUGAUCCUCCUAUAGUGCAGUUCUUCUUGGAUGUUGCACAUUUGCUUUCACCCAUGGACUUCUGCUCUGUGUUAGAUGCACGACUUCUCAACUAGUUCAGACAUAGGACCAAGAGGACUUACCCUUACCUAAUUUAGGGGCUGUUUCCUGCUGCAAACAGGAACCAGCCAGUCCUUGUUCAACUGAAUUUAAAAAUUAAAUGUACAAAAAAUG